AUGCGGAAAGACAUUCACAUCGGGACUCUCAAAAUCGGAGAUACUUCCGUUGAGGCAGAAGGCCUUAAAGGGAUAGAUGAUGCCAAAACCGAAUGUGACUUGGAUGACGUACAUGAUUGGGAUUUAAAAAUUAUUAACGAAGGACAAGACUCUGAAUAUAUUGUGCAACAUAUUUCUCAACUGAUACUAGUGAGACAAAAAACAUGUGAAACGUCAGUGAAACGUCAAAAGAUGUAUUUCCUUACCAUACAUGGUACGCGAUACACGAACGACGUGAUCGCCACUGCAGCUUUUGGCAUAAGCGUCAACUCGAUGCGCGAUAAAGAUAAUGACUUCUAUGUCAACGGAAAGGAUGCAACAAGUUUUCAGGGAUUCUGGAAAACUAUUAAGUUCAUUAUGUUUCGCAUAUGUCCGAGUAUUUUGCGAUUGACGGGUGAUAGCUUUAUAUCGGGCGACACGACAUUUUUUAGGACGCUCAUUCAAGAUGCUGUUAAGGCUAGAGACGAGAAGGGAAUCGUCAGACCGGAUAUGAUUCACUUGCUGAUGCAGGCCAGAGAUAGCGAACGUAUAACAUUGUCCACGGAUGACAUCGUGGCUCAAGCUUUUGUAUUCUUUUUGGCCGGUUUCGAGACUGUCUCGACUUUGAUGUGUUACAUGCUUCAUGAACUGGUGCUCAAUCCUGACAUCCAGCAAAAGCUUCGCGAAGAGGUUGAUCAGGUGACUUCUGGUGCCGACGGCGAGGUCACCUAUGAGAUGUUACAGAAGAUGAAGUACAUGGACAUGGUCAUCUCUGAAACUCUACGAAAACAUCCUCCAGUUCCUGUGACCGAUCGUGUCUGUGUUAAGAGUUUUAAGCUUCCACAGUCGAUGCCGGGGUACAAUGAUGUAACACUUGAUAAGGACUCCAUCGUGUGGAUUCCAAUACACGCCUUUCAUCACGAUCCGCAAUAUUUUCCAGAUCCAUAUAAAUUUGAUCCUGAAAGAUUUAAUGAUGAGAAUAAGGACAAAAUUGUCCCUUACACAUAUUUCCCUUUUGGACUGGGUCCUCGAAUAUGUAUUGGGAAUAGAUUCGCGUUGAUGGAAACGAAAAUGAUCAUGACACAUUUGGUGCAAAACUUUUUGUUUAAACGAACGGAGAAGACUCUUGAUUCGACUAAAUUUACCCUAAAAAGUUUAACUGUUCUACCGGAAGAAGGUUUUUGGCUUCAGUUAGAGCCACGAAAGAUUUAGGAUUUGUUUUCUCCUAUUUUAAUUGUUAUUCCUUUCAUUAGAUAACUCACUGAGAAUUUUAUUUGGUCAACGCUAGCAAUCAUGCUUUGCAAAUUACUUCUUCACUGUCCAAGGGACGGUAUUAUUUUUAAAGGAGAACUUUGCUGAAAGUUGGAAAAUAAUAUGUAAUAUAAAAUAAGACAAAUAUUUUUAUACCAUGUAAAUGCAUUAUAUCAAUUAAAUAAGUUGUUACAUUGCACAGUUCUGUAUAGGAGGUAUUCUUUUACAAAUCGAACACUUUUUUCGAAUGUAGAAUUUAGAUUCUCAUGAAAAUUUUUUUACAGCUUCUAUUCAAGAAAUAAUGUGACUCCUGUAUCACGAUUUUUGAGAGAACAUUUUUUUUUGAUAGGUAUAUUUAUUUUUAAUUUCAAUGAUAAUCGAAGAAAUGAUAAUUACUCAUGUAUAUAAAAUUCAUUAUUUCUGGUUUUACUCAUUCAAUCGAUUUCGUUUUUUUUUUAAUUCCUUACCGUGUUAUGUUAGCUCUUUAAUGAAUAUGUAAAUGAUCUUCAUUCUGUUAUUUAAAAAAGUUAUUAACAAUUUUAUUGUUUAAACAAUUAUUUUACAUUUGCCCCCUCAAUGAAUAACAUUUAAAAAAAUACUAUCGUGUGCAGUAUGUUUUAAUCUAAAAAACCCACACUUAAGAAAUGUGGAGACUUUAUUAGAUCCGAAAAUAUUAAAUAUUUUCUAGUGCGCGGCGUGCGCGUCGCGCGUGGAUCAUAGCUUGACGUGCUAAAACGUUUCUGAGUCAAGCCGCGACCAGCGUUC